GAGCAAGACAGUGAUGUGUGAAUGUCAUGCAAUGAUGUGAUUGUGAAUACAUCGCAUACAUGCCUGGACCAGUGACUUUUGAGCACAUGGGAAAGUUGUAAGCCUAUAUGGACACUAACGUGGAGUCCUGUCCUCGCCUACAAUUAUUAAACGCAAAGAAUGUUUCAGAGGGCAGUCUGGUCAGGGAUGAGAGAGCAUUAUUUCGGGGAGAUUGGAAAGUGAAAGUAAAAACCCGUGACAUCUGGGCCUGUAGAAGCAUGUUUUUUUAACAGGCUCUGCCCUCAUUCGGAGCUGCUGCUGGAGACGGAACAGAUUCGCAAUUAAUUUUUACUCAUUUUGAAGAGCUGGGGGCCAAAGAGGGCAAGAAAGAGAGGCUUCGGUUAUUUUCCUAAAUUCGCUUUGGUCGGAGACUGGGUUUUGUUCUGGGUGUUGCCACACUCAGAUAAUCUGUUGAAGACGACACAUCGUGCCAAUGUCACUGUCCGGAUUAACGCACGCGUUGUUUCCCAGACUUGUAAAUCAUUUGUGUGGGGCAUGUGUGCUUUUGAUCGGUGCUGCUGCGGGUUAUUCUGAAGAUACUGGAUUGUUGAAGUGACGGGUUUCGGUUGUUACAGGUGUGAUUGUGCAAGUUUGAAUAUUGAAAUCGAAUUUGUUACGCUUGGCGCAAAUAUUGGAACUGCUGCGUUUCAUAGGCUGCUGCGCUGCCCACUUUUGUUAUACAGUCAUACAUAUUGUUAUUAAAAGAUAAUAAAUAAGACUAACAGGUUAUUACGGAAUAUUAACGCUGAUGAUGGAAACCCGAAGGUGCUCCUUUGAUAUUGUAGGCUAUAUGGAUAUAUAAUAAAGACCCCUGGGAUCCAUCCAUCCAUUGGAUAGAGAAUGUAACAUUUGCCCUCAUUUUUAGAGGCGUGUUGCGUUAUUUAUUUUAUGAUGUGUGAUUCAUUUUCUUGAUAUCCAUUUUAUAAUUUCCAUCAUUUUUGGGGGAAAACUGAUCAUGGAAAUUCACAUGUGAAUGAAUAAUCACAUCAUUCACAUUCGGUGUACAUAGACCCAAAUUUGAACUUGAUGACGGUCUCUCUAGAUUGCAAAUUAAUUAUUAAUAGAUUGUAUCACUGAUAUAUUAAUCUUACUUAACAACGUUGUAUUUAUAAGUCUGUAAUAACCGUAUUAUAGUUAUAGAUACAUUAUUCAAAUUAUUAUUUAAUUGACAAAGAUGGCAUUUACAGACAUUUAUUGUAAUAAUUCCUGGUUAAGUGAGGGAAAGUCAUUACUAGAGUGGAGUUCUUUAUGCACUGGUUUUGGCAAUGCAGUACUUCAAACUCAGCUAAUGACCCAUGUCUCCUUUUGACAUAAAGUGGUUGGUGCCCUAGAUGUACACGUGUGUCUGCCAUUAAAUAUCAUCUUAAACUGUACAUUGCUUAUUUCCUGUCCGUUCAACCUCAAAAUCUCUGAGGAAGGCCUUGAGGCUGGUACAUAAAUCUCUGAGGAAGGCCUUGAGGCUGGUACAUAAAUCUCUGAGGAAGGCCUUGAGGCUGGUACAUAAAGCGUAAUAAAGAGCAGUGGUACUAGCAAGAGCAGUGUGGGGUUACUUCUUUUUUCUCUGUUCUUUCAACCUGACAAGGGUACUGUGUUUGUAGCUAUUCAGAAAAUAUCGAAUUAAUACCAAUGAAGAAAGUGAAUGUUGAAAUGUCUAAAAAUGCCUCUCUGUGUUGCAGUUACAGGCUAACACAGAGCGAAAAGGGCCUGGUGGUGCUCUGGAACAGUGUGGGCUCUGAGUCGGAGGCCUCCAGCGUGUUUAGACAGGGACCUCAGUUGGACUAUGUGCCGGCCAACAACCUGGCUCCUGGGUGGGCUAUUCGGUUUGAUGUGGGUAAUACCGGUUUUGAUGACACCCACAACAUUGGCCCAGUGCAAGUCGUUGAAGACAUUGGAAACAAAACUCACCGACAGAAGACGUAACUUUAAGCACAAUUUCCCCAUUAAUUACACCAUCAGAGUUCACUAUGAAGAGAUCUUCAAACUCUGCAACAUCAGCAGGCUGAGGGUGAGGGUGGUGGAUCUGGAGGAGGGGGACCUGCAGGAUGUGUGGCUGUUGGUCAACCAGGAGGUGUUGAAGAGAAUCUUGAGGGUCCUGCCAGAGAGACAUCCCUCCUACAAGUACACCUCUGAUCUGGAAGAUCUCUUCAGGAAGAUCCAGCAGGUGUUCCCACCACAGAGUGAUGAGAGAGAGCCCCCAGAGCGAAUAGAGGAGAUCUACAAUAGAGUGAAGGAGCCCAACUCAAAAGGGUGGAGGUUCGUGACCCCCAAAUCCCUGUUGGAUAACUGCUAUAGGACAAUGCACUGUCUCUUCAAAAACUGCUUUCCCAGUGAAGAUGGAGUGCAAGACUAUUGUAGCACUCUUCACUGGCGGAAGGGCAGAAAGAGACAACUACAGGAAACCUGAGGAGGACGUUAAUUUCCAAACAUUGCAAAUAUACACUGAGUGUAAAAAACAUUAAGUACACCUUCUUAAUAUUUAGUUGCACCCCAUCCAUUUUUGCUUGUUGACUCCAAUGCUUCCCACAUUUGUGUCAAGUUGGCUGGAUGUCCUUUGGGUGGUGAACCAUUCUUGAUACACACAAGAAACUGUUGAGCGUGAAAAACCCAGCAGCGUUGUAAUUCUUGACUCAAACCGGUGCACCUGGCACCUAUCACCAUACCCUGUUCAAAGGCACUUAAAUAUUUUGUCUUGUCCAUUCACACUCUGAAUGGCACACAUACACAAUCAAUGUCUCAAUUGUCUCAAGGCUUAAUCAUUCUUUAACCUGUCUCCCCCCCUUCAUUUACACUAAUUGAAGUGGGUUUAGCUAACACGUGACAUCGAUAAGGGAUCAUAUCUUUCACCUGGAUUCACCUGUUCAGUCUAUGUCAUGGAAAGAGCAGGUGUUCUUAAUGUUUUGUACACUCAGUGUAUGUCCAAUGUUGCAGUUGAGCUGUAUGUCAUACCCCUCCUGUGUGAAGUUCUGAUGUUGUUGCACCAACAAUAUGCCCUGAAAACUAUUACCAACGGUAUACAACCCAAACUUCAUCUGUUGCUAUGGAUGCCACAGUAAAUACAUUCCCUGUGGACUUUGCAGCUUUAUCCACACACUGUUAUUGUCACAGCUUGCCUACAGUUUUGUUUACUUAUCAUUCUUUGCCUCCUAUGUUGUAUAGUACUUUGAAAGAGAUAUUUUAUAGUUUUCAUAUGUGUACUUAUAAUAUAUUGUCUGCUGAUGUUUAUGUUCUGUGUUUUGACAGUUGUAUGGUAUAGCGCAGGUGGCUAUGCUCAAGCAGAGAGCUACAGAGUAUGGCAUUUCUAUACCUUUUUUUGCAAUCUGGGAACACUUGUUGGUGACAGGUAUUAGCAACUGUUGCCAAUAUAUUCAAAAAUAAUAACAGAACACAAUUAUAGCUACUUUCAGGACUGUUGUCGUUUUCUUUUGCUCAGUUUUAAAAAAAAGCAUGGCACUUGCUAUGUCAGGAUGGUGGGUUUGAUUCCCAGGACCACCCAUACUUAAAAUGUAUGCACACAUGACUGUAAGUCAAUGUAAGUCAAUGGCAUAUAGUGAACAAAAAUAUAAACGCAACAUUCAACAUGGAAUAACUGGGUCAUUUUCAGCUUCCAGGAAUUGUGUACAGAUCCUUGCGACAUGGGGCAGUGCAUUAUCAUGCUGAAACAUGAGAUGAUGGCGGCGGGUGAAUAGCACGACAAUGGGCCUCAGGGUCUCGUCACGGGAUCUCUGUGCAUUCAAAUUGCCAUAGAUAAAAUGCAAUUCUGUUCAUUGUCCAUAUUUUAUGCCUGCCCAUACCCUAAUCCCACUGCCACCAUGGGGCACUCUGUUCACAACUUUGACAUCAGCUAACCGCUCGCCCACACAACCCCAUACACGUGGUCUGCGGUUGUGAGGCCAGUUGGACAUACUGCCAAAUUCUCUAAAAUUACGUUGGAGGUGGCUUAUGGUAGAGAAAUUAACAUUAAAUUCUCUGGCCACAGCUCUGGUGCACAUUCCUGCAGUCAGUAUGUCAAUUGCACACUCACCUUUUUUUGUCCCCACCACAAGGUGCACCUGUGUAAUGACCAUGCUGUUUAAUCGGCUUCUUGAUAUGCCACACCUGUCAGGUGGAUGGACUUUCAGGGAAAAGGAGAAAUGCUCACUAACAGGGAUGUAAACACAUUUGUGCACAAAAUCUGAGAGAAAUAAGCUUUUUGUGCGUAUGGAAAAUGUAUGGGAUCUUUUAAUUCAGCUCGUGAAACAUGGGACCAACACUUUACACUUUGACAUUUUAAGCAAUUAUGAUAUUUCUUUGUUCUAUGUUUUUAAAAUUGAUUUAAGAUAUUUUGCUGACUUGCAGGCUUUGUCAGUGAAUUCCAACAAUGUCCAGCCACUCAUGGUUUUGUUACUGUUUAUUGAUGCUGAAAUAAAGCUAUUUGUGCAAUCUAUUCACAGGUUCAACAUGUUGAGAGUUGGGACAUGCUGCAUUUCUUGUAUGGUUACAUUAAAAUAAAGAGUUUUUAUAUACACAAGACA